AUGGCAUCCGAAACGGCGCAAAGAGCCCAGAGCUCAGCGUCCGGCUCUUCUCAGCGGCAGAUCGACGGUCAGCAAAGAACCAAGCAUCGUCGUCGAGAGCUUCAAAAGCAGUGCCUUGCACCAUCAGGACUCGAUCAUUCGGCCACGCCAGAAUCACGCACGGACUCAUGGCUCCUUCUGCUUGGCAUCACGGACGAUCAUGUCCGUGCCCAUGCUUCCACCUUGCAAGCGAAGCAGCAGCCUUCGGCAGAAUCCGAUCAUGGCAAGCAGGGCGUGACCUCGACGAAAGGGCCUCUUGAUGCAGACGGAUGGCAGAUUGCCGACAACAUCCUUCAAGCUGAGGGCGGCUCCUCUUUCGGUAGCUCCAAGCAGAACGCCACCAAGGACCCGACGCCAGCCGACGACGGCUGGAAGGUCGUCAGGCACAAAAAGUCCAAAAGACGCAGAGAUGCAGAGACCGCCACAACUGCGUCCGAGCCCAACUCGCCAGAUCCUUCCGGCUCAAUGCAGAGCAGUACGGCGUUUUCACCUGAAGACUGUUCGCCUGAUUCGCCUCUGACGAUGUCACCGGAUCUGAGCGUUGAACCGCAAGUCGCGACUGGAACCGUAGGCAGCACACCAAAGCAGACUCCGCAAGAAGCAUCGCGGACACAUCAACAGCGAUACCCAAGUCUGUCCAACAGAGACAUCGAGCAGGUGGCCAAGGACGUUGAUCGUAGCUUCAUCGGCUCCGCUUUCCAGCAUCUCUUUUCGUCGAGCAGCAACGAUGCCACACCAGCACAGGACAAAGCCUUGCGGCGAAAACAGCUCACUCACCUCAUCCUCACCACGCUCUCCCGCUACCCAUCAUUACACUACUUCCAAGGCUAUCACGACAUUGUCGCCGUCAUCCUCCUCACCUUGUCGCCCGAUCGACCGUCGCCCAACGCCCAACUCUUUCCACAUGAACGUCAGCAAGCGCAGAUCGAGCUCGUCGUCGAACGCAUCAGCCUCCACCUCAUCCGCGAUAGCAUGACGCGCGAUCUCCUCCCCAUCAUGGGCCAGCUCAAGAUGCUUGGCAACCUCCUGCGCUCCGUCGAUCCGCUUUUUGCCGAGCUAGUUGAUCGCGCAUCGCCGCUGCCAUUCUUUGCAUUGCCGUGGCUGCUGACGCUGUUAACCCACGAUGUAACCGACGUAGCGGUGAUGCGGCGCGUGCUCGAAUUCGUGCUUGCCUACGGACCUGCUUCUGCGAUCUACCUCUGCGCGGCGGUGCUGCUGGUCAGGAAAGAAGAGAUCGAAGGAAUGGACGUGGAUGAGCUCGAAGAUCCAGCGAUGCUCCACACCAUUCUGAGCAGAUUGCCGUCCAUCAUUGCGGAUGUGGAGGAUUCAGCGGAUAGCAUUGGCAGCAGUAGCACCCGCAGCGCAGAAGAGAGCCAGACGGAGAGGAGGAAUGGGAACAGUACCACCGACUCGAAUCUCAUCUAUACGGAUCCAGACGUUGAGUUGCCGAGUCUGGCUUCAGAUCGUGCGCUCGCCGCUUCCAGCCGCUCAAGUACGGACGACGAGCCAAAGACAGCCAAGACGGGUACGCCGAUAUCGACGUUGUUGCAGGAGGCGGUCGCUCUGAUGCAGCGCUUCCCUCUCCCGUGCGAUGCUUUGGAGGCAGAGAAGAUCAUGGGUCCGUCCAGCGUCCUCUUCACCUGGCCGAGCACAUUUGAUUCCGCUCACACACUGGAUACAAAAGCUGACCGAAACAACACCCCAGACUCAUCCUCACCAGACGAACCUCUCAUCGACUGGCAAACGCUCAACGCACAAGCAGAGUCCGCACUGACCGGGCCCACCGACGCCAUCGUCCGCGAUCCCCACCCACCAUCACCGACGCCCCCCGCCUCGGACUUCGACGAAAAGCUGUCCGACGAGAAGCACUCGCAUCGCAAACGCCGACUGAGUCUCAGCGAGCAGAAGCAUCAAGCACGCAUGCUCGCCGUCGUCGGUCUCUCUGGGCUGCUGGUCGCGGCGCUGUUCACCGCGAGCCAGCAGAGUCCUGUUACAACGGCGAGCCAAGUGGUGGCCGGAGGGACCGAGGAGACCAAGCGCGUGUUGGCGUUGGUUGUGUCCCUCCUGAGCAACUGGGGGAGGGUGGUUGGAAGUGCGCAGUAG